AUGAGACAACCGAUGGUGCGUCUAGUGCGACUGGGCCGGGUGCCGUAUACCGAAGUUCUGGCGCUGCAGGAGCAAUGGCUGAGGCAGCUGCAAACAGAGCCAGACACCGAGGCCCGACCGAGAAUUGAGGUGGGCGCGCUCCUUCUCAGCGAGCCCGCGGGGCCUGUGUACACAGCCGGGCUGCGCGGCGGCCUGACACCCGAGGAGGCGGCUCGGCUGCGGGCGUUAGGCGCCGAGGUGCGCGCUACCGGCCGCGGCGGCCUAGCCACCUUCCACGGCCCAGGUCAGCUGCUCUGCCAUCCGGUACUCGAUUUGCGGCGCUUAGGCCUGCGCCUGCGCACCUAUGUGGCGGCGCUGGAGGCGUGCGCUGUGCGCCUGUGCGAGCUCCAGGGCCUGCCGGCCGCCCGCGCGCGACCCCCACCCUAUACCGGCGUCUGGCUGGGUGAGCUCAAGAUUUGUGCGAUCGGAGUCCGCUGUGGAAGGCACAUCACAUCUCACGGCUUGGCUCUGAACUGUUGUACGGACCUGACGUGGUUUGAGCACAUUGUCCCCUGUGGGCUGGUGGGGACAGGUGUCACUUCCCUGAGUAAGGAGCUCCAGAGAUAUGUCACUGUGGAUGAAGUAAUGCCACCUUUCCUUGAGGCCUUUAAGGAGACCUACAAGUGCACACUGACUUCAGAGGACAGCCUCAACUGAAGGCCAUUGCUAUUACAGCCAGGAUGGCCCUGCCUUGGAAAGCAGCAAGCCUGACUUGGAAUCACGAAACCCAGGUUCUAGACCCAGCCCUGCCAUUCACUGGCCUUGAGAAAAGGGCAGGUCAUGAGUUCUGAGCCAUUGUUUCCAUAUGUAUUCAAGUUUAUUUAUCUCUUCUUCGCCUACCCCAGAGAUACUAGGUGUGAAAACCCUAUAAAAAGCAUCACACAUAUAUAAAUAUAAGAGAUUAUCAUUACUGUUGACAACAGUUUCUCAGUUUAGAGAAACUUACAUGUCAUAAAUUGUCAUUUCUCAAUUUUUACUACUUCCUUGAUACUAUAUCUAAUUGUGCAAACCUGGAUUCCAGUUCCUUUGAUGUGGUGGGCCUCAAAUCUCUGGAUGGCCUAGAUGAAUGUGAUGUGAUGUGGUGCUUUUUCAUCCUCAAGAGACCUUCUACAAUAAAGGGAACAGGGAAAAGUCUCUUCAAAGAAUAAAGUGGGAUCCUGUCUUCCUGGAUUAGA